GAGCUGACUCUGUAUAUAGGACAGCCGUAGAUCGGAGUUGUGGAAGGUAUCAGCAGCGCGCAGAACACUCUACUAAAGCUGAACCUUAGAGAGCAGAGGCCGCUGGAAUCGAUCAGGACCCGAAGAGCUGCGGGAUCAGGACAGUCCGGAGACAGAGAGAUCAGCACCAGGGACAGCGGGGUCACUGAGAACAUUGCAGAACACACCGGGGGCAACUGUGCCGGGCAUAACUACAUCUCCCAUCUCUGUAUGGAUGUCAAGGUGGCCCCCAACGGGGUGGCAACGAUUGAAGACAGGAUCUUAAGGAUCACAGGAUACUAUGGGUACUACCCGGGCUACUCCAGCCAGAAACAUACAUCACAAUCUUCUGUUUCCCGAUGUCUGUCUGGAAUUCCUUACCCCAACUCAUGCAAUAACAGCAAAAAGAAAAUUUGCCGUAUAUCAUCAACUGAAGAAACAUCCUCUAUGGUUGAAAUGGAAAGUAGAUGUGCCCGUGGAAAUUAUGAGCAGAACAGAUCCAACAUGGGGCAGAUCAGUUCAGGAGGUGAAGGAGCACAAGCAAGCACAGAAAGUGGUCCAGAAAAUCACGAAAAAUCCCGAUGCCAAGCAUGCACCUCUAUGUUUCUUAAAAUUGUAUGGGGAGUACUUAUUAUUCUUUCUGUGUCAUUCUCCUGGGUUGGAACUACGCAGAUUGUCAAAAUUACAUACAAGAAUUUCUACUGUCCCUUCUUCAUGACCUGGUUCUCAACAAAUUGGAACAUUAUGUUUUUCCCAGUGUAUUAUUCUGGGCACCUAGCAACAGCACAAGAAAAGCAGUCACUUCUCCAAAAAAUCAGGGAAUCCAGUCGUAUAUUCGGAGAAGAUGGUCUGACCAUUAAACUUUUUCUUAAAAGAACUGCCCCCUUUUCCAUUUUAUGGACCUUGACAAAUUACCUGUACCUGCUGGCCCUCAGGAAGCUGACAGCCACUGAUGUCUCUGCUCUCUUCUGCUGUAAUAAGGCCUUUAUGUUCUUACUCUCAUGGAUUGUGCUGAAAGACAAGUUUAUGGGCCUACGGAUAGUGGCUACUAUUAUGGCUAUAACGGGAAUUGUCAUGAUGGCAUAUGCAGAUGGUUUCCAUGGUGACUCAAUCAUUGGAGUGGCUCUUGCUGUGGGAUCUGCCUCAGCAUCAGCAUUAUACAAGGUAUUGUUUAGGAUGUUUCUUGGAACAGCAAACUUUGGUGAAGCCGCACACUUCUUUUCCACAUUAGGAUUCUUUAAUUUAAUUUUUAUUUCCUGCACUCCAAUAAUCCUGUAUUUUACCAAAGUAGAAUACUGGUCAUCAUUGUCUUCUCUGCCUUGGGGUUAUCUUUGUGGGAUUGCUGGUCUCUGGUUAGCUUUUAACAUAUUAGUAAAUGUUGGAGUUGUCCUGACGUAUCCAAUUCUAAUUUCAAUUGGCACCGUUCUCAGUGUCCCGGGCAAUGCUGCCAUUGACCUACUUAAACAUGAAGUUAUUUUCAGUGUUGUUCGGCUCGGGGCAACUAUUAUAAUUUGCAUUGGGUUUUUGCUAAUGCUUCUUCCUGAAGAAUGGGAUGAGAUAACGCUACGAUUCAUCAAUAGUCUCAAGGAAAAAAAAUCCGACGAGCACACAGAGGAAGUUGCAGAGUCCACUGUGCACACGCGAAGUAGAAGCAGAGCUAACGGCACCGUCUCUAUACCUCUAUCUUAACACCACCAUCAUCUCAAUGCACGUGAAUGUAUAUUCUGUGAAUAUAAUUUAAUUAUUUCACUAAUUGUAAUGUAAAAUGACAGUAUUAAUCUUCAACAAAUUCUAAGUUAAAAUGUUUACAUUUAUACACGUACGUGUAAAUAAACAUAAUAAAGUUUUUCUA